AGUGGUUGGUCCUAAAAAAUGGACGAUAUAGGGGAGGAGAAGAAAUUACAAGGCUUGCUAAAUGGUAUUUUUAAGAGAGAUUACCAGGGUCAAGAGGAAUAUAAUGAUGAUUUCUUAUAUGAGCAGUUAUAUCAAAAUUUAGAUCGAAAAGAAUUUGACGAUUUUAUUAGGAAAUUAAGGGGUAUUGUGAACAGCAUGGCUAAUACAAAUAUGGAUCAGGACCAGGCAGAAACGUUUCUUAAAGCUCAAGCAAAAAAAAGGGGGGGCGUUAUAACAUCAGACCGUGUGGAGGUUGUCUUAAAAUUCUGGCGAAACCACAAAGAGAAAAUACAUUCACAGAUAAUUUCUCGCACUAAUUGGAAUGGUUUAACCAAAUGGAAAUUAGAUAUAAACUCAUAUAGUUCAACAAAAAUAAUAAAUCAGCCAGUGGCAGUCCUACAAUUUGAUACAAAAUCUGAUAAUAAUCAGAAAGAAACGUUACGGGUAGAGAUUGAUGGCAAGGCCAUGCACAACGUUCUCGAACAAUUGGAUAACAUUGAGGACCAAUUGCAAAAACUCGGUAACUGA